AUGAGUUGGAUAACAAGGACGGCGCGUACGGUGAUCAAUCAACCGAUCCUUAUCACCGGCAGGAUAUCGAUCUUAUCGAUUAACAGUGGAUUAACGAAUGUGCGUUACGCAAGCAGCUCCCAGAAUGUCUCUAGCAAAACAUUACUGCAUCCGCUUCCAAAUAGUAUUAUGGGAAAGCGAUUACAACAAAUUUCGUCAUCUUCAGUUAUCAAUCUCCACGAGAACAUCCAGUUGAAAAAACGACCCCGCAGGCGCCGAGAGGACGAAAUCAGUAAAUUGGCUAAGGGAUACCUGACCGUUACGGCAUUUGCUACCGCAGAAGAGUAUGAUUUGGAACGAUUGGUUGGCGCUUUGAAAAACCAAAAUCUCUAUGAACCAAAGCAAUUUCUGUCCAGCGAAGACAACGACACCGAUUCGGAUGUGCUUCACGUUACGGCAAAGUACAAAGUGGGCGACGAAUCCCGUGAUUUGUACUUCUUCCGUGAAGGCACAGUGGUGCUGUGGAAUUGUACCGACUUGGAAAACAACAAUAUUUUACGAUUUUUGAAACAAUUCGAAGCGGAUCCUUACGACGAGUCCACAGUUCUUGGAGAAAGUGAAGCGAUGUUGUACAAUACAAUCGAAGGUCCUGCCCGAUUAAAGAAUAAUAGUUUUUACAUUUCCACUAAUGAUGAAACCGAUUUGGAGAAAUAUACUUUCUCGAAUGCCAUGUCACUUUCGGUAAAGCUAGGAAUCUGGGAGGCAUCUCUUGAACGAUACAUAGAAUCGAUGGCUUACGUAACGGACGAUUUGAAAAAAGGAACCAGCAUCAAAAUUUCCCGCCCGGAGAUGUUGCGAAAAACAGGUGAACUUUUCGCAUUGCGUCAUCUAAUCAACUUAAGCUCGGAUCUUUUGGAUGUUCCGGAUUUCUACUGGGACCGCGAGCAACUUGAGACCCUGUAUCAACAAACCUGUUCAUACUUUAGCAUAAACCGCCGGACCAGGGUUAUGAACGAAAAGUUAAACCAUUGCGUGGAAUUGGCAGAUUUAAUAAGUUCGAACUUGAACGACGAUCACCAUGUCCGCCUAGAGUGGAUGAUCAUUAUUUUAAUCAUGGUUGAGGUGGGAUUUGAAGUCUUGCACUAUGCCGAUAAAUUUCUGUAGAACCUGUUUAACAGAAAUAUAGUAAAAUAAU